CACUGCCACUUUGAUAAUCCAGACACAGUGCUCAGAAAACCUCUGAACGAUAUAAAACACACGUAGCCGACAAAUACAACCAUUCCAUUCCAUUCCAUUCAUGUAUUCCCAUCAUAACCAUACUUUCUCUUUUUCUCUUUUUCUCUUUUCUACCCAUCCAAACAACGUUUAAUCUCUCUUUCCUUUUCCCUGUCUUUCUACGUCCCCCAAAUUACGAUACAACCGUCUGUUUCCUUGAAAGCGACCACUUUUCGAUACCCUUUUCAUCCAAUUACAUAAUUCAAUACAAUGCUUUUCUGAUUCCAUUCAAUUCCAUUCUUUUCUUUUUCUUAGGUUGCUUUAUUUUUGGGUAUUCAUUUCAUUAAUCACUAUGGACAAGUACGAGGCUGUUAAGGAUUUAGGUUCUGGCAAUUUUGGGGUUGCUAGGCUUAUGAGGAACAAGGUCACCAAGGAACUCGUCGCCAUGAAAUACAUCGAGCGUGGUCACAAGAUUGAUGAGAACGUGGCAAGAGAGAUCAUGAAUCACAGGUCCCUUCGGCAUCCGAAUAUUAUUCGAUUCAAGGAGGUGAUUUUGACUCCCACACAUUUAGCAAUAGUGAUGGAGUAUGCAGCCGGAGGAGAACUCUUUGAGAGGAUAUGCAAUGCUGGAAGGUUUAGUGAAGAUGAGGCCAGGUAUUUCUUUCAGCAGCUGAUCUCAGGUGUCCAUUUCUGUCAUACCAUGCAAAUAUGCCACAGAGAUCUGAAGCUAGAAAAUACCCUUUUAGAUGGAAGUCCUGCACCCCGCUUAAAAAUUUGUGACUUUGGUUAUUCGAAGUCAUCUUUGCUCCACUCACGACCCAAAUCAACUGUUGGAACGCCGGCGUAUAUAGCACCAGAGGUUCUUUCUAAGCGGGAGUAUGAUGGAAAGAUGGCUGAUGUAUGGUCAUGUGGGGUGACUCUGUAUGUCAUGCUGGUCGGAGCAUAUCCCUUCGAAGACCAGGAUGACCCUAAAAAUUUUAGGAAAACAAUUCAGCGGAUAAUGGCCAUUCAAUACAAAAUUCCUGAUUAUGUUCACAUAUCUCAAGAUUGCAGACACCUUAUCUCUCGUAUUUUUGUUGCAAAUCCAUUGAGGAGAACUACUAUUAAGGAAAUCAAGAACCACCCAUGGUUUUUAAAGAAUCUUCCAAGGGAGCUAACAGAAGCAGCUCAAGCUAUGUAUUACCAGAGAGAAAAUCCAAGCUUUCAUCUACAAAGUGUGGACGACGUGAUGAAAAUUGUGGGAGAGGCAAGAAACCCACCUCCAGUAUCCAGACCUGUCAGAGGCUUUGGCUGGGAAGGAGAAGAAGAUGAAGCUGCAGAAGAUUUGGAAGCAGAAUUGGAGGUGGAGGAAGAGGAGGACGAAGAAGACGAGUACGAUAAGAGGGUCAAAGAGGUUCAUGCAAGUGGUGAAUUCCAAAUUAGUUAAGCACUCAUAUCCUUCUGGACUUGCGAAAAUAAUUUUUUUAGAAGACACCUUUAUUUUAUAUGUUGUGUACACACUAGAAGAAGUCACCUAUUCAUGUAUAUUAUUAUCAUGACUCUAGUAUUUUUGUACGACGGAUGCAAAGUGUGAGAACAAUAUUAGUCUCAUUUCGUUCUGAAUCUGCCGUGUUUGAGAACAGUAAUUAUCUGGAUACAUGCUAAAAUCUAUUACCUCUCCCUGUAAA